AUCAUAGACACUACAGUAUUUUUCAUCUGUGUCAUAUUGUGCGAUUGAUUAGUGACCUAGUGACAAAACUGACAAUUAAUAUCGCGUAAUUCAUAGUAAACGCCGUAAAUCUGGCGAAAAACAAUAAUCUUUAGUUUUUCGAAAGGAUUACUAAUUUUUAUGUUAAGACAGAAGUUGUGAAGUAUGGCUGGUGAGAGAGGUGUGGAACGUCGCAGGUCACGAUCCCGGGAACGACACGAAAGAGACCGUGAAAGAUACGAUGAUCGAGAAAGUCAUAGAGAUAAAGUAAAGCGUCGAGAUCGAUCAAGAAGUCCGAGGAAAGAACGCGAAAGAUCUCGCAGUCCCACAAGAAAAGAUGAUCUGCGCUCUCGUAGCCCUAGAAAGGAUAGAGAACGAUCAAGAAGUCCUAGCCGAAAAGACCGUGGUCGAUCCAGGAGUCCGAAAAAACGCGACAGUAAUAAGGAGCGUCGUCUUGAUGACAAAGAUAAAAGUAGGUACAAAAAAGAAGAAGAUAAACAGGAUGAUGAACAAACAAAAAUGGAAGAUGAACCUCCAAAACCGGUAAAAAGAGAACCGUUAUCUUUAGAAGAAUUACUUGCAAAGAAGAAAGCUGAAGAGGAAGCACGUAGUAAACCAGUUUUCUUAACUAAAGAACAGAGAGCCGCUCUUGCAUUAGAGAGACGUCGGGAACAAGUAGAAGCAAUGAGAGCUAAUGUUGAAAAACCUACGAUGGCCACAAUAGAUCUAACAGGAACAUCUAAAAAAGAUGAUGAGAAAAAAUAUAGGGAGGACAGGGAAAGAGAAAGAGACCGUGAAAGAGAAAAAGAGAGGGAACGCAAGUAUGAGGAAAGAAAAUCUGGAGGGGAUCGCAAUAGGGAAGAUAAAAAAGACAGAAAUGAAGAACACAGUAAGACUAAAGACAAAGAAAGGGAGGAGGAAGCUAUCAAAGCCAGAUAUUUAGGAAUAGUAAAGAAAAAGCGUAGAGUUAGAAGGUUGAACGAUAGGAAGUUUGUAUUUGAUUGGGAUGCUUCUGAAGAUACUUCAAACGAUUACAAUACUCUGUACAAAGAGAGACAUCAAGUUCAAUUUUUUGGUAGAGGACACAUUGCUGGCAUUGACAUUAAAUCCCAAAAGAAAGAUUACAGCAAAUUCUACGGAAACUUAUUGGAGAAGCGUAGAACUGAAUUAGAAAAGGAACAAGAGAAGUUACGUCUGAAGAAAGUUAAAAAGAAGGAAGAUAAACAAAAGUGGGAUGACAGACACUGGUCAGAAAAGGAUCACGAAGAAAUGACAGAAAGGGACUGGCGAAUUUUCAGAGAAGACUACAAUAUCACUAUAAAAGGAGGAAAAAUACCAAAUCCCAUUCGGUCUUGGAAGGAAGCAGGCUUCCAUCAGGAUAUUAUGGAAAUCAUUAACAAAGUUGGUUAUAAAAGCCCAACACCCAUCCAAAGACAGGCUAUUCCAAUUGGUCUCCAAAAUAGAGAUAUUAUUGGUGUAGCUGAAACUGGGUCCGGUAAAACUCUUGCUUUUCUUAUUCCUUUACUGACAUGGAUUCAAUCACUACCAAAGAGUGAGCGGAUGGAAGACGCUGAUCAAGGUCCAUAUGCUAUAAUUCUAGCUCCUACUCGAGAAUUGGCUCAACAGAUUGAGGAAGAAACAAAUAAAUUUGGUAUUCCUCUUGGCAUUACUUCUGUUGUGGUUGUCGGUGGUCUUUCAAGAGAAGAACAAGGAUUUAAGCUGCGAUUGGGUUGUGAAAUCGUAAUCGCAACACCUGGACGUCUUAUCGAUGUUUUAGAAAACAGAUAUUUAGUUUUGAAUCGCUGUACUUACGUUGUACUUGAUGAAGCAGAUCGUAUGAUUGAUAUGGGUUUUGAACCUGAUGUACAAAAAAUUCUUGAAUAUAUGCCUGUUUCUAAUAUAAAACCAGAUACAGAUGCAGCAGAAGAUGCGUCUGUAUUACUUGCUAAUUACAAUACGAAAAAGAAAUACAGGCAAACUGUGAUGUUUACAGCUACUAUGCCUCCAGCAGUAGAAAGACUUGCUCGUAGCUAUUUGCGUCGACCAGCCAUAGUGUACAUAGGAUCGGUUGGUAAGCCAGUUGACAGGACAGAACAAAUUGUAUACAUGAUAGGCGAAAAUGAAAAACGUAGAAAGCUUACUGAAAUUUUACAACGCGGUGUUGAACCGCCAAUCAUUAUAUUCGUUAAUCAAAAGAAAGGAGCAGACGUUCUUGCCAAAGGUUUGGAGAAACUUAGUUUCAACGCGUGCACUUUGCACGGUGGUAAAGGGCAGGAACAACGUGACUUUGCUUUGGCCUCUCUCAAGAAUGGUUCCAAGGACAUACUCGUCGCGACGGACGUCGCUGGUCGUGGUAUUGAUAUUAAAGAUGUCAGUAUAGUUAUUAACUACGAUAUGGCUAAAUCAAUUGAGGAUUACACGCAUCGUAUUGGUCGUACUGGUCGUGCAGGUAAAACUGGUAAAGCUAUAUCAUUUGUCACUAAAGAAGAUUCCGCUAUAUACUACGAUCUUAAACAAGUUCUACUGGCAAGUUCUGUAUCUACGUGUCCACCAGAAUUAAUGAACCAUCCAGAGGCACAACAUAAACCUGGUACAGUCGUUACAAAGAAACGAAGAGAAGAAAUGAUCUUUGCUUAAUUAUAUUUGUGUUAGGAAUGGAAAUAAAAGCCUCAUGUUAACUA